CAAUCAAAUACUAAUAAAUGAAAAUUGAGAAGAAUUACACUUUUUUCUUCCCACGAUCCAAACAGAAUAAGAAAACAAUAAUUCAUUCUCCAUUCCCUAAAUUGUAGGUCUGAACGUGCAACCAAAGCCAUGAAUGAACAAAAAAAAAAUCAACCGCCCAUUAUUCAAACUCCUUUCAACUUCCAUUUACACCACUAUAAAUUUCUCCCCAAAUUUAUUAAUCAUUCACUUUGCCUUCUUCAAUGCACUUCACUACAAUGGCUUUCAGUUCCUUCCUUACUCUCUUCCUUUUCACCACCUCCCUCUCCACAGUCGUUUCUUUUGAAUUCCAAGUGGGUGGCCUUAAAGGCUGGGUAGUUCCUCCAGCUAAUGACAGUAAAAUCUACAAUGAUUGGGCCUCCGAAAACAGAUUCAAAGCUGAUGAUGCCGUCCGUUUCCGGUACAAGAAGGAUUCUGUGAUGGAGGUGACGAAAGACGAGUACAAAAGAUGUAACUCCACGCAGCCGAGCUUCUUUUCCAACACUGGAAAUACCGUCUUCCAAUUCAGCCGAUCGGGAACUUUUUACUUCAUCAGUGGCGCUAAUGGACAUUGUGAGAAAGGGCAGAGGAUGAUCGUGAAGGUGAUGGCGGAUGAUGAAUCCUCCGAGAAAUCAUCAGCUGUGAGGACUCCAACUUCUUGGCUUGGGUUUAUGAAAUUGGUCUCUGCUUCGUUGGCUCUGUCCAUUCUGUUUUAGGAUUUCUUUGUUCGUCAUCUUCAAGAUUUCGUUUGGGUUUAUUUUUUUUAUAGACAGUUGUUGAAAAUUUAAACUUAAUUUCCAUUUUAUUUAUUUUUGCUU